ACCCUGCAACAGCUGGAAUGGAGGCGCCCGGCUUCCCCGCGCGCUUAGCCUUCUACUUUUGGAGGAAAAAAACAAUGUCGUUGUUCUUUUGCUUUUAUCUCACGUGUCUGUUUUAUUCUUCAGCCCGGAGAAACGACAUGCCCAUUAUCGGAAUUCUGACGCUAGAAUUCCGUGACUACAAAUCGAAUCAAACGACUUACGUCGCCGCCUCCUACGUCAAGUUCCUGGAGGCGGCCGGAGCCAGAGUGGUGCCCGUCAGGCUCAACCUGCCGCUGGAGGAGUAUCAGAGACUGUUCAAGUCCAUUAACGGGAUCGUGAUCCCGGGAGGAACGGCCAGCAUCGUCUCGUCCAGCUAUCAACGGGCCGCGCGGAUCUUCUACGAGCUCGCCCUGGAGGCAAACAAGAGGGGCGACUACUUCCCUCUGUGGGGCACCUGUCUGGGCUUCGAGCUGCUGCUCUACCUGACGAGUGAGAAGACGAGGCUGUCGCUGACCAACACCAGCGGCGUCACGUUGCCCAUGCGCUUCACCAAGGAAGCCAAAGGCAGCAGAAUGUUCCGAGGCUUCCCGACGCGGCUCCUGAAAGACAUGGCCUCCGAGUCGGUGACCCAACACUCUCACAAGUGGGGUUUGAAAGUGUCGAAUCAUAAAAACAACAAGGCGCUGAAGAAGUUCUUCAAAGUCCUCUCCACGAAUACGGAUGGACGGAUAACGUUCGUGUCCACGGUGGAAGCGUACCGCUUCCCGUUUUACGGGACGCAGUGGCAUCCGGAGAAAAACGCCUUUGAAUGGCGGAGCCGUCCCAUCCCACACUCUCCGUUGGCGAUCAAGUCCGCCUUCUACAUCGCCGACUUCUUCGUCAACGAAGCCAGGAAGAGCUUCCACAGCUUCAGAUCCGAGAAGGAGGAGCGGAAGGCGCUGAUCUACAACUACAACCCCGUCCUCGGCACCGCCGCGAGUCCCUUUGAGCAGCUUUAUAUAUUCCGAUUUUAAUCUAUCGUCGUGAUGCGAACACGGGGUUUGCAAACGGAGAUGCAGUUGGAGUCCAUUUUGUUCCAAGAGAAAAACACGACCAAUGCAGUACGGCCUCCGUCUGUUGAUUCUGCCCCCAAACAAGUUGGAGAAGG